AUGAUGGUGGGCUCCACUAAUUCAUCAGCAUCAUGGGGAGCUACACAAGGCACUACAACGGCGGCUGAACAGGCACAAAUCAGACAAGAUGCUGCCUCGUUCCGAGAAGACGUCAAAAAUUAUCGUCGUCCAAGUACAAUGCUGCUUUCUGACUAUAAUUUCCUGCAAUUACGAGCUGGUCGUAUCGUAUGUGUCACUCAUCAUCUGCCAUAUACAUGCCAUGUUGCUCCAGAAUCAACAUCAGGAACCAAUCAAUCCCGCACAUCGAGCUCAAAUGGCAGCCAUGUGCUUGUAAAUCCAAAUACUGUGCCUUCUAGCCAGUCUAUCGCUCAACUGUCUUUGCUCAACAGAACCGUCUCAUCGUCUUCUCUGCACAGGAUGGUGCCCUAUGCUCCAAUCGCUACUGUCGCUACUCUGCCGUCACAGACUUCUGCUGCUGUUACGGGAGUUGGUCCACCACGACCUCAUCCACUUAAUAUCAUCGUAAGUGGGAGCAGCCCAACUCCCUCUCGAAACGGAUCUGCAUCGCCAUCAGCUUCUUCCGCAAACAUAUAUAAACAAGUCCUGGCACAACAAUACGCAAAUAUGAAUAGAUCAUACUCUAGCAGUGCUCCAAACGUCAAUGCUUCCGCCGUCACGUAUAACGCUGAUAGCUCAGACUCGGAUGAAGGUGGUCUCCUCGUCGACGAUGAUGACGCAGAUAUUGACAGCGAUGAUGACGGUAGAGGAGCUGUAUCUCGAAGCAUGUUGUCUGCAACUGCAUCACCACGUACCACUACAGCUGCAUCAUACUCUAGCACUACAACUCGAUCCAUCCAAAACCCGGCUUCAGUAGCUUAUGGACAGCCAUCGCCAAACCCGUCACCACCUUCAUCACCUCUAGUCCAAUCGCCCAAAACGAUGCCUGCACUAAUAUCUACAUCGCUACCACCAUCAAUGAUGCUUCCAAGCCCAAACCGUACCAGCAACAAUAGUAAUGGUGCUAGUAACAAUAGUAGCAACACUACCAGUGAUGUGCAAUGGAACCUGAAAUCACGUCGUGGGCAUUCGGCUCUGUACUCUGGUAUUCGAUCUCUGACUGAUCGUGGUGAUGAGGUUGUGCAUAUUGGAUGGGUUGGUGUCAUGACUGAUGCUCGAGGUAAUGAAUUGCCGUCGAGUAAAGUCACUAGUGAGCAACAAGCUCAGUUGAGUGAUAUAUUAUGGGAUUCGAAAAAGUGCUUACCAGUGUUUCUGGAUGAUAAGGCUGCUACAAAUCAUUAUGAAGGAUAUUGCAAGACUGAACUAUGGCCUCUAUUUCACUAUAUAUUAUGGGAAACUGUAGUGAAUGGAAACGCUACUCAAGAAUCAAAACAUUGGGCUGACUAUGUCAUUGUAAACCAGAAGUUUGCUGAUGCUGUCAUUGCUGCAUAUGAGCCAAAUGAUAUCAUUUGGGUUCACGAUUAUCACUUGCUAUUGGUACCCGCCAUGCUUCGAAAGGCACUACCACAAGCUACCAUCGGCUUCUUCCUACAUACGCCAUUCCCCAGUUCAGAGAUCUUCAGGUGUUUACCUCGUCGCAAGGAAAUGUUACAAGGCGUAUUAGGUGCCAAUCUAAUUGGCUUUCAAACAUACUCAUACGCUCGUCACUUUAUAAGUACUUGCACUCGAGUGCUUGGAUUAGAGUCAUCUCCAAAAGGUGUUGAAUAUAAGGGAAUGCUUGUAACUGUCGCUACAUUCCCAAUCGGUAUUGAUAUCCAUCGUGUCGAAGCUCGUCGUAAGAUGGCUUCUGUUCAAGACAAGAUGGCUAUUAUUCGAGAUAUGUAUGCUGGCAAAAAGAUUAUCAUUGGUCGUGACAAGUUGGAUCAUAUCAAGGGUAUUCAGCACAAGUUGAAUGCUUUUGAGAGGUUUAUGAUUAUGUAUCCUGAAUUCCUUGGAAAGGUUGUCUUGAUUCAAGUGACUACACCACCACAACGCGAACAACCAAAACUGGAAGCCAAAGUGUCUGAACUAGUGUCUCGCAUAAACGGAACUUUUGGAUCCCUAGAAUUCUCACCUGUACAUCACUUCCACCAGCAUCUCGACCAAGAUGAAUACUUUGCUCUCUUGUCUGUAGCUGAUACUGCUCUCAUCACAUCUGUACGUGAUGGUAUGAACACCACCAGUCACGAAUUUGUUGCUUGCCAACAAGAGAAUCUGGGACCAUUGAUUCUCAGUGAGUUUACUGGUACCGCUGGAAGUUUGAGUGCUGCCAUGUUGGUGAACCCAUGGGAUUACGUUGGUGUUGCAAAUGCUAUCCAUGAGGCGCUGACCAUGUCGCAGGAGGAGAAGUUCAACAAACAGCAGCAACUAUACGAUCAUGUCGUCAAUCAUACAGCAUUAUUCUGGGCAGCGUCUUUUGUUUCUCAGUUACGAGAAGUCACUAGGAUCCCUAUGCAAAGCAAAUCGACUCCCAUAUUGGAUGAAGCCAAAUUGCUCAGCAAAUGUCAAGCAGCUACUCAGCGAUUGCUUAUGUUUGAUUAUGAUGGUACUUUGACUCCUAUCGUCAAAUUACCAACUGCGGCCUUCCCACCUCCUGAAAUGUUGCAAUCUUUGGAAACUUUGGCACGAGAUCCCAAUAAUGUGGUCUACAUUAUUUCAGGACGUGAUCAAGCUACUAUGGAUCAGUGGUUGGGACAUAUACCAGGACUGGGUUUGAGUGCCGAGCAUGGUUGUUUCAUCAAGCAUCCAGCCACCAGUACUGAAUCCACUAAUUGGAUCAAUGUUGCGGCUGACAUUGAUAUGGGAUGGAUGACUGAUGUUCAAGAUAUCUUUGAAUAUUAUACCGAACGUACUCCUGCAUCAUUUGUUGAACGUAAACGAGCUGCUAUUACGUGGCAUUAUCGUAUGGCCGAUCCUGAGUUUGGUACGUUCCAAUGUAACGAAUGUCGCAAUCACCUGGAGAAUGCUAUAUUGUCAAAACUCCCUGUCGAAAUCUUAGUGGGAAAGAAGACUCUGGAAGUCCGUCCUAUCUCAAUCAACAAGGGUGAAAUAGUCAAACGUCUAGUCUUGGCCAACCCAAAUGUAGACUUUAUCUUAUGUGUUGGAGAUGACAAGACAGACGAAGACAUGUUUAAAGUCUUGCGUCGUCAAUCAACAGCCAACAUCCUUCAACCACCACGACCAUCAACCAGUAGUUCCUAUUCAACAACAAUAUCACCAACUACUGGAUUGGGUGUAACAAACCCUAAAAUAAGUCCGACAAUGACAGCAGCAGACCAAAAUAAUAGUGACAUGAACAUGACUCAAUCACCAGUAACUCUACCAGCAGAUUCGCCACCAACAGGACCUGUAUACCAGCCAUCACCUGCUGUACCAACAAUGUCAUCACCACCAUAUACACAUAGUAUCAGCAACCCAGGCUUCAACAUCAAUGAAGACUCGUCACCAACAUCACUGAAUUCUGCACCAACACCAGCAUGGAUUGGAGCUACAGCAGCAAUAGAAAAUGAAGGCUUGUUUACGGUUACUAUUGGUCAUGGAAGUAAAUUGACUGCUGCUGAUUGGCAUGUUGCUGCACCUGAAAAUGUUAUUACAUUGUUGGGAAAGAUGGCGGCUUUGGAUACGCAUGUUGAUGAGGAUGAACAUAUUGUGUUUUGA